GUGUCCUCAGGACCAGCCCCACCCCACCCGCAGCUGUCCUGGUUACCUCCCCCACAGCCUCGACUCUCAGGCGGGCAUCCUCACCUCCUGCUUCACAAAAAUCGGAAGUGGCCAGUGGGAAUUCCUGUAAUUCCCCUCCCCCAGCUCGGGGCCGGGGUAGCGGCACUCCGCCUCCCAUGCCCUGGCCUCCCCCGUGAGCGUCCGCUGAGCCGGUGCCGACCCUGCCCAAGGCUUCUCUCCAGCAUCUGACUCAGCAAGUUCCAAACCCAGCUCCCCUGGCCACCUCCCCAUCUGGGGCUCCAGUCAGUGCCUCCAUCCAUGCCAGGGCACGGUGACGAGCCUGGGUAUCCAGCAGACCUUCCAUGCCCAGCUCGUGCUGCCCUGCUGACCCCCACGCCUCUGCAGCCUGUAAGCCUCUCCUCAUGCGCCCGCACGUCCCAGCAGCCCCCGGCUCACCCUCCAGGGUGCUCUAGCGUGGUGAGGUCACGCUUAGGAGGUGGCGGGGGAGGCCGUGCACUCAGCAAGCCCACUGGACUUCCGUGCCCUGGAGCCCGGCCUGGUCCUGUGCCUACCCUGUCUCCUGCCAGGAGCAGCUCCUGGCCGCAGCGACCCUUCUGAAUCCUUUCCACACCCAGCCAAGGCCCUGGCACCUGGAGAGGAGCGGUCUUCUCUUUUUGUCAUUUGGUUUCUAUGGGUCACUUUCUGCGAGCAGGGCCAGUGUCUGCCUUUGCUCAGAGUGGCCAUCCGCAGUGCUUGCGGCGGAGGAGGGCGGGAAGGGCAUGUGGCUCAGUGGACGGGUCGGGGGAUGUCUCCGGAGCCUCCCGCCCUCCCGCAGGUGCCCUGGGCAGGAUGCUUGCGGUGCCUUGCUCCUGGACUAGUUGUUACCUAGUGACCUUCCCAGCCAGCUCUGCGGCUCAGCUGAGCUCCUGACCCUCACGUCUGGUCGAGUGGACCUGUGGCAGCAGGUGGGGUCUGGAGGAGCACCUCAGGUCUUUGUUUUGAACUUGCAGCUUCUCUGUAAGCUUGAAGUUGGUUCAAAAUAUAAUCCCUCCGUUUGGCACGGUGGUUACCGGGAGGACCUGGGACCUUAAGGCCUCCCGGGCAGAGUGGUCGCUCUGGAGGUGUCUGUGGUGCUGCAGGCCUCAGCACCUUGAGUCGGGGGGCUACUGCCCAGAGCCGCACCUCAGGGUCCAAGGCUGACUGACAGGCCAGAGUGCCAGGUGUGGACGGGGACGCUGCUGCUGGGCACGUGCCUGUUGUACUGUGCCCGUGCCAGCAUGCCCAUCUGCACGGUCUCCAUGAGCCAGGACUUUGGCUGGAACAAGAAGGAGGCCGGCAUCGUGCUUAGCAGCUUCUUCUGGGGCUACUGCCUGACGCAGGUUGUGGGCGGCCACCUCGGAGACCGGAUCGGGGGUGAGAAGGUCAUUCUGCUGUCGGCCUCUGCCUGGGGCUCCAUCACAGCUGUCACCCCACUGCUCGCCCACCUGGGCAGUGCCCACCUGGCUUUUAUGACCUUCUCACGCAUCCUCAUGGGCUUGCUCCAAGGGGUUUACUUCCCUGCCCUGACCAGCCUGCUGUCGCAGAAGGUGCGGGAGAGCGAGCGAGCCUUCACCUAUAGCACCGUGGGCGCUGGCUCCCAGUUUGGGACGCUGCUGACCGGGGCGGUGGGCUCCCUGCUCCUGGAAUGGUGCGGCUGGCCGAGCGUCUUCUAUUUCUCCGGCAGCCUCACCCUCCUCUGGGUGUGGUACGUGCACAGGUACCUGCUGAGUGGAAAAGACCUUGUCCCGGCCUCGGGUGUCCUGGCCCCAGGCCUGCUGGUGACCAGGCACAGCAGAGUCCCCUGGAGGCGGCUCUUCCGGAAGCCUGCUGUCUGGGCGGCCGUCUUCUCCCAGCUGUCUGCGGCCUGCUCCUUCUUCGUCCUCCUCUCCUGGCUGCCCACCUUCUUCAAGGAGACCUUCCCCGACGCCAAGGGCUGGAUCUUCAACGUGGUGCCUUGGUUGGUGGCGAUUCCUGCCAGUGUAUUCAGCGGAUUUCUCUCUGAUCAUCUCAUCAAUCGGGGGUACAGAGCCAUUACGGUGCGGAAGCUCAUGCAGGGCAUGGGCCUUGGUCUCUCCAGCGUCUUUGCUCUGCGCCUGGGCCACACCUCGAGCUUCUGUGAGUCGGUGGUCUUUGCAUCAGCCUCCAUCUGCCUCCAGACCUUCAACCACAGUGGCAUUUCCGUGAACAUCCAGGACUUGGCCCCGUCCUGCGCCGGCUUUCUGUUUGGUGUGGCCAACACAGCUGGGGCCUUGGCAGGUGUUGUGGGCGUGUGUCUGGGCGGCUACCUGAUCGAGACCACGGGCUCUUGGACUUGCCUGUUCAACCUGGUGGCCAUCAUCAGCAACCUGGGGCUGUGCACCUUCCUGGUGUUCGGACAGGCCCAGAGGGUGGACCUGAGCCCCACCCGCGAGGACCUCUAGGUCCCAACCCCGCAGCCUCUCCCAGACCCAGAUGCCAGCAGCCCCGGGACAGAGGGGACUCAAUUUGAGGGACCUGGUCACUCCAUCUCAGACGCAUGAGCAGAGAGGACUGCAAACCACUGUGGAGCCUGAGGCUUCUUGAGGAGUUCACACCCACUGGCGGGGGAGGGGGAGUGAGCCUGGGUCCAGACCAGGCUCGCUGCUCUCUGGGCCUCAGUUUCCCCACCUGCCAGCGGGCUCGGUCCUGCCCUCCUCACAGGCUGGUGUGGCCGUUGGGGUGAGUGGGGUUAUCGUUAAUAGGCACAGCCUCAUUCCCGCUGCCAUCUGUCCUGCGUGGUCCCAGCAAGCCCCCUGCAGUGCCUGCCUGCUAAUGUGGGGUGGGGGCCAGGCUGCAGUCUCCCCAACCCCAGCCCGCUUUGCUGUGUCUCUGGUGGGCUGUCCUCCAUGGUGGGGGCCAUCCUGUGCACUGCAGGAGGCUUAAAGACUUCCCUGGCCUCUACCCACCCCAUGCCAGCAGCACCUACCCUCCCUCUCCCUCCUCCCAGUCAAAUAACACCCAGAAAUGUCUCCAGACUCUGCCCAGCCUCCCACGUAGUCCGUAUCUAGACACAGCCUCAGAGUCUCUCAGCAGCCUGACAGAACCCCCCAGGGCAGUGGGUUGGUGGUGGGCUAGAGACCCUUGCCCGUCGCUGGGACUCUGGCACCGCUGUCUGCACUCACCGUGUCUCACUGUGCGGACGCCUGGGCGCUCCUUUGCCCUGCCCAGCACAGCUCUGGCGCAGACACUCCAACACGCGCGGCUUUCCCAGGCCUGGUGAUUCUGCCUCCCAGGGAUGGUCGGCACCUUACUCGGGGUGGGGGUCCCGUGCACCCCUGAACACACAGACCCACCUUUCUGGCGUUCUUUCUACCUCCCUGUUCAUUCCCUGAGGAACUGGUGGUUUCAUGAGUUAAUGAUACAUCCUGCAAGAUGUCCACAUGGAGGGAAAAAACCCAAAAAAUGUGGAAAAGCACGGGAAGCCUGAUUCAAGUAAUAACUAUUAACUUUUCAAAAAGAA